GAGAAGAAGAACACAGCGGAAGUAGCCAUGAGUGAACGACAUUGACGCGCAGACAUGUCUGCAGGUUGUAUACGGUGGGUGUUGAACCAGGGCGUCAGAGCCGUGUGUGGCGUCCCGCCUGGUUCCCGGAGCGCAGCAUCGCGGUUUCUCGACUGCGGAGACCGAUCAAACAUCGUCUCCUGGAGCUGCUCGCCGUUCUCUACAGCGGCCGACGAUGCGGAAAAGACUCCUGCACAGACGAAGAAGAAAAAGCAGGAUCCCAGAUCCCACGCCACGAUCAGCAGCAUCGGCCGGAAGAUCCCGCAGAAGCAGAUCCAGGUGAUCAGCGAGACGGGUGAGGACCUGGGCCGGAUGCACCGAGCAGAUGUGAUCAGGGUCAUGGACGAGCAGGGUCUGAAGCUGGUGCUGCUCAAUGAACACAAAGAGCCUCCCCUCUACCAGCUGAUGAGCGGCAAACAAAUCCACCUAGAGCAGCUGAAACUGAGGGAGAAACAAAAAGCGAAACCAGCGUCUGUGCAGGUGAAGGAGCUCAGCUUCACAUCUGGCAUCGCAUCUCAUGACCUCAGCACCAAGCUGAAGCAAGUGGACAGCUGGCUGGAGAAGAAGCACCACGUUAGGAUUACUCUGCGUUCAGCACGCGGAGCCCCCCCCGGCAACCUGGACACCACUUUGGAGCAGAUGGUGGAACAGCUGGAGGUAAUGGUGGGAUUUGUAUCCAAGCCCACGGUCGUACGCGAGGGCCGAGGAGCCACGUGCAUCCUCCGUCCGGCCUCGGCCAAGGAGAUCGCACAGAAAGGAAAGAAGUCUGUGGCGCCGCGGCCAGACGACUCCGGGUCAAAGGUCGCCCGGAGCCCGACGUCGCCCGUCAGCAGCGAGGAGGCGACUGACGGGUCGAUGCAGCCGUGAUCUGAGUGGGAAUCAAACAUUUGUCCCUUUUCAUUGGAGGGAAAACGUGUGUCUCUACGUGAGGAACAUUUCAAACCAACACUCGUGUUCAUCUUUCUCGGCUUCAUUCAAGAUUCAUCUUUAUUUAUCUUUUUGUUAAAAAAUAAAAGUACAUUUUGGCGCACAGAUACAUUCACUUGUCACAGUAAAAUGUGUUUGCUUGACUUAAAAGCGUCAAAGCCACAUUUUUGUUUAUCAACACCUUUCUCCAACAGCAGAGAUCCUAUCCUGGGAUUCAUUUAUUAAUUUCCUUUUUUUUAAACUAGAAUCAUUCUCUUUCCUUAUACAUAAAAAAUAAAAGCGUGAACUUAAAACACAUAAAACCACCAUAAGGCCCAAAAAAAUAAAAUCUUUCCUAGAUUGUGUUAGAAAAAAACCAACGAGAACUGGAGCAGCCGCACGAGCAUGCACACACAACAUUUGUCAAUAAGCCUCGAGAACUUUGUAGGAGGAGAAGGGUUUAACAAAGUGAUAGUCCAGGUUGCCGCAGUGAGGGCACUGCUGGACGUUACUGUACUCGGAGAAAUACUGCAUCCCGACUCGAACGUCCACCACCGGCUUCCCGCAGUGCUUGCAGUUCAGUCGAGCCUGAGGAAGCACAGGGAGGAGAGGGGGACGCUGGUUGGUUAAACUGCAUGUGUGUGAUAAAGUAAAAACACAGAUAGCUUCCCAAGAUUUGGAAGAAUCUGAGCUCGGGGUUCUAGAUUUUGGUCUGAAAAAAUCUCAUACUAUACACGUUUCUGUCAGUACUGCUGCUGAUACAUCAGCUGGCAGAGACGAGAGUUCCUACCUGGCAGCACGGGGAAGCAGCCAGGAUGUCGUAGGUGUACAUGGUUCCCAGUUGAUGCCAGCUCCCGUCCCAGCGUGACUUGCAUUUGAUGCAGACGAUCUUGUGGACGCCUUCUAGACAGUCCACGCAGAUGGCGUACAGGUGCAUUAACCUGCCUGUGAGGAACACAAGGAAACGCAACGAGUGAUGUAAUACAUGUUUUCUAGAUUAGCAUGAUGCCACAGUUCUCCGCUGAGUUGAUUUCAUUUCCUAAACUGCGAUGCCACUCAGUGGUCGCCUGGAACAAACCCGGCUGCACCGAGUUACACACACUCACAAAUAAUCUGUUGUUUUACUUCAAGAUAAAUAAUUUGUUUCCUGGAAAAUGUGUGAAAAUGUUGAAAAACGCCCAACACCAAGAAAGUGAUGAAUAAUUCAUGGCCUUGUCCCAAGAUCUGGAUUUACUCCCUGACCCAUAUUGCAUCCCUCCACUCAGUUUAGUGUGAAUCCAUCAUGUUAUUUUGUAUAAUCUUCACAAUAUAGGAACAAAGGAAAAUAUGUAAAUCAUUAAAAUAUUAGUGGAAAUAUUAGUUAAGAUCUCGUUAAAUUCCAUCUGGGGCCUGUUCUACUGAAAACUGUUUAAAUGUUAAAUUGUGUGAACCCAAUAAAAAAAAGUGUGAACACAUUGUUGAGAGAAAUAUUCUGCUGUGAUGAAGAUGAUGAUGAAGAUGAAGUGGAUCCCGUUUUAUUAUUGUGAUUUAGCGAUUUGGAAAAACAGAGGUUUUCAUACUGAUCACUUUACAGAAUGUUUUUAUAUUUCAUCCUGAUUUGCUGCAGGUGAAUCUUCCAUCGUGGUUCUAGAUCAAAGUUCAGAAUCAAGUCAGAACUUUGUACGACAGCAUCGAACUCAAAGAAUAUCUGAAUUCAGUAUCAGUGAGGAACUUUGGUCCAAAUCUCAGAAACUGGGUCCAUAACUCAAGUUUCCUCAGUGUUUUCACAUGAUUAACAUUCAUAACAUGUCAAUCAUGUUACAAAUAAAGUCGAGACAACAUGUGCCAGUAAAAAUCACGUCUCCUAUGAAUGUACUCGGUCAGUAAUGUGCUUUAAUAAACCACCUGAUGUUCUCUGUAACAGUU